AUGGUAAAGCAGUUUGCACUUUUAUUCGUUGGAUUGCUCUCAGUAGGCCUAGCAAUGCCUCAAGAUGUCCUUCCAAACUUGCAGUCAACCAACUACGAUGCCAAUAUUGCCUUCAUCCAAGGCUUCAUGACCGGCUACGCAGGCACAGGCAGCGUUCCAGCUACCUGUUUCGAUGCUACUGUUAUCAACACCCUCAACGCUGACUUAGGAUCAUUCAUGCUCUCUAUGGCAGGCGGAAGCUUAUCAAAAGCCAUCGCCUCACUCGAGACCUUUGCUAAAGACCUCAUUACAGCCCAACUCCAAUGUGGCCUCCAGAUUGUUCCACAAAGCUUCGAAAAAGACAUCCAAAGUGAAGGAGCUUUUUACCUUUUGGUCAACUUGAUCCACAAUGCUAACUCCCCCCCCCCCCCCUCCGUGAGCGAACAAAACCAUUAGAAAAAUCGCCAUUUUUUGACCAAAAACCCACCCUCCGUGAGUGAACAAAAAUUUUUUUUAAUAGAAAAAUUUUAAUGGAAAAAAAAUUUUGAUAUAUAAGUGAUAAUUAGUAUAAUGAAAUCUAGAGCUAAUUCUGUUUAAUUUUAAACAAAUUGCGCGUUUUUAAAACAUAAAUUUUGCAAAUUAAAUUAAUAUUUGCUUCCCAAUUUUUGCAAAUUAGGAUUUUUUUAAAUUUCGAAAAAAAUAUUUUUUUUAUAAAAUUUAUAUAUAAAUUUUUUUAAAAAAAAAAAAUUAACCCCCCUCCGUGAGCGAACAAAAUUUUUUUGUUCGCUCACGGAGGGGGGGGGGAGUAAGAGCAUUCAAAGCUCUUACUAUGAGACAAUCACUUACUUCCAACAACAACAAUGGAACCAAGCCGGACAAAGCCUCGGAGCACUCGCUAAACUUGUUGUUCCACCAACCCCAUCCAAGCUUGUUGGAGCUCCAAAAUCCUCUCUAAGCGACUGGUCUAACUUCGCUGCAGGAUUACUCAAUGGACUUGAAGGUUCAACCGCCACCCCUGGAAAAUGCUACCAAGCCUUCUCAACAGUUGGCCAACAGUUACCUACAGUCAUUGCAGCAUUCGAAAAGGUAGAGACUGAAGGAAUUGCUUACGUACUUGAUUUCGCCAACGCAGUUAAAGCUUUCUUACCUUAUGUAACCCCACUCAGCACCGACUGUGCCUGGAACACCCUUGAAGCCCAAAUCGCUGCUAUUUUCAACGGCGGAAUUAAAUCUUUCGCUAUGAGAUACUACACAAACAUCAAGACUAUUGAUGCUGACCUCUCCAACGUCAGAGUUUGUGAAACCAACUUCAACGAAUGUGGAAGAUCUCUCGGAGAAGUCAUGAGAAUCCUUCUUAACUGGAGCUUGAACGCUGAAAAACUCCCUCACUUCGAAGCUACAAGCUACUCAGACUUAAUGGUUUUCCUUGCUGGACUUACCAAAGGACUUGAAGGAGAUGUUUCAACAACAGGACCAUGCUACCAAGCAUUAUUCGCUACCGGAACCAGCGCUAAUACCAUUAUUGCUGAAAUUGAAAAACUCGCAGGUGGAGACCUUACAGUUGUAUCCCAGCUUAUUGAGGAUCUUAAAGCUUUCCUUCCUCAAGCUCAAUCAAUUGAUGGAGUCUGCCCAUUCAAGACUCUCUUCGAAGCUGUUGAUGCUGUAUUUAAACCAGAUGGCUUCAAGCCAUUCUUUGCCAGAUACUACAAAUACAUAAAGACUGUUAACGCUGAUCUUUAUAAUGUAGUUAACUGCUCUGCUGACUAUAGUCUCUGUGGACAAAGCCUUGGAAACGCAAUUGACCUUCUUUUUAACUGGGCCCUUAACUAA